AUGCAACGAUCUUUAUGCAUAAUCCACUUGAUCAUAUUUAACAUUGUGAAUCCCUUUUAUGGUCUGUCUCCCUCCUUCACGCACCUCCAUCAGGCCUUCCUGUCAACUGUGCUGUCACACUGUGAGAGGCUAGAAUGUGAGGCUCAGCGCUAUCACACUGCACAGGCUAAUUUACCUCUGGCCUGCGGCGAUAUUGGUCACCAGCAUAACCCGAGUCCUGUAGAAAGACUUCUUGUUCCUGCCAUGUUUCGAUUUCUCGUUGCCCUCACAUAUGUACGGUCACCAAAGCGUUCGCUCCCUUCCCAAGUCGGUUCAGCUUUAGCUGAAUCAGGGCGCGACAUUUCUGAUUCAAAGGGCCAGGUGACGAUUGAUAAAUCUUCGUCAUCUAUAAUGGUAACAGGCACACUGAACGUUAGUGGAAGUCUUCUAGGCCGGCCGUUUGCCAGCUCUCGUCGGCCAGUGUCAUCACUCACGCAGUCAUGCUGCUUGGCAAAGCAAAAUCCCGCCUCCAAGAUUCAACCAAAUUCAGGUCCUGGUCGCAUCAUCUCCAUAUCUCAAGUGAGUAACAUUGUUUUUGCGUAA